CCGGCUCAUUCGUCCUCCUGCCUGCCAAGUUAGUGUGUGUGGGUGGACGCGAUGAACGGCAUGAGGGGGCACUCUCCCUGUGGGUAUCGCUGCAUCGAAGAGGCCCUCCCGCACACGCGGCACCGCUUGUCGUGUUCGAUCAUCAACACGUGCAGGGACGGCUUCAGCGACUCGGGCACUCUGAACGACAUGCCACACACACAGACAGACACAGAGAGGCACCACAGACAGCAGCAACAUGCAUCAUUUCUGUGACAGAUUGCAGCCGUACGCUGUGUGCGUACCUUCUGUUGAGGUGUUCGUAUGUCUGCAGUCGUGUGGCUGACGGCGGCACCCACUGCAGCCUCAGGGCCACCUUGUGCACGUGUGUGUCGACGGGGAACUCCGGCCGGUUGAGGCCGAACAUCAUCACACACGCCAGCGUCUUGGCCCCCACACCCUUGUAGCUGAACCACACACCACAGACAGACAGACAGACGAUGACAUUCCUCGGCGGAGGCUCUUCCCGUGUUCCUCUCCCCUCUGUGGCCAUCGACCCACCUGAGAAGGUGUCGCUUCACGUCCUCGUCAGGCAGGUCCCGCAGAUACUCGAGCGACGGCUCGCCACCAUCCUGCACACGCCACACAGACAGACAGGCCAACAGACAAAGCCAUCGACUGACACGAGAAGCGCCAUGGGGAAUUGGUGGGGGCUGUCAGUGAGCUCACGUGGUGGCCCUGGUCGAGUACGUCCUGCAGGAUGACUCUCAUGCGCUUGACCUUGGUGGUCGCCAGGCCGCCCCGCACUAUGGUGGCCUCCACGGCCGAGGGGUCGGCGUCCAGCACAGACCGCCACGUCGGAUACGAUGCCUGCACACACACACAGACAUUGAACACAGAAAUGAGAGAUGUGACGACGGUGCAGCUGGCUGUGUGUUGUGUCACCUUGAGGCGCUUGAACAUCUCAUCCGACACGACGUCAGUCGUAUUCUGAUGCACAGACAGACAGACAGACAGACAGGAGAGAGAUGUCGUGUCCCCGUCCUUCACCCCUCUAGCCAUGGUCAAUUGUACCUGUGAGAGGAUGACCCGAACGAGCAAAUCCAAUAAGGGUCCCCCGGCCAGCCACUCGCCCACUGGCGAGCCCCUGGCACUCGAUGACGACUGUGGCUGUGCCGCCCUCUGGCUGGUCAGUAUGUGUCCGUGUAUUUGUUGCAGGACGUCAUGGACGAUGCGGCAGUCAUAGGUGGAGGGGUGCGGCCACAGAGGGAACGGCUCCUCGUCCAACACCUUCUUGGCCCACGGCUCAUCUGCUGAUCCACCUUCGCCCAUGACAUCACCGUCAUGAGUCGGUGCCGUGGCCCUCUUCCGUCUGGUGCCUCGCCGCUGCUUUCCUCCAGCCUUGCUGAGCCCACCCCCAUUAUCGACAUCGCUCCAGCCCGUUGAGGACGCCACGGACAUCCUCUCAAUGUCACCACCAGCAUCAUGAUCAGGGGACUCACGAUGCUCCCUCCUAUCAGCAGCACUCAUCGCAGCUCCUCUGCUCGCGCUGUCCCUGACACACUGGCCGUCUAAUUGCCUCUCCAAUCUCAUGGAUCCCUGCCUCAUGCCGUGCCGCACGCCGGCGGGCGGCAGUUGCUGCGCUCUUCUGUCGUCAUCUCGAUAUCUGAACGCGUCGAAGUCGAAGGGCACCGCAGCCGAUGAGUCCCCGGCGUCAUGCCCCCCCUCGUUGUGGCUCAGUGAGCAACCACCGUGCGGCGGGCUGGUUUUUGGUCGCGGCUUGGUUCGGCGCCGCUUCGGAGGUGGUAGAGGGGCAGGAAAGGAUGCCAUCAACACAUGGGACACAGCAAAAAAGAAG